CGCGGGGGACGGAAGUGACGUCAGGAACACUUUAACAAAGUUGGUGGCGCUCGACGCUCGGCUGGGGACGUGCGGCGGCGUCUUUUUUUAUUUUCUCGCUCCCCUCCCGCGCGUUAAGCUAUCGAACAAGAGGCAGCGAGCAAAUAACAAACAACGACGCACGGGACUACGAAGCGUUCGUGUUGUUGUGUGUGAGCGAAAAAGAAAAGAUCUGUAAAGUAAAAAAAAAUGACGUCGAAGGUGUCUGGGAGUUUGGAAAUAUCGAAGAAGAAUCCGCACGAUGACUUCGAGCUCAUUCAGAGAGUUGGCAGCGGCACCUACGGGGACGUGUACAAGGCAAGAAAUGUACAGAGUGGAGCACUCUCAGCCAUCAAGGUCAUCAAGCUAGAAUCUGGGGACGACUUCACCGUGAUCCAGCAGGAGAUAAUCAUGAUGCAGGAGUGCCAGCACAUCAACAUCGUCGCCUACUUUGGCAGCUACCUCAGGUGGGAUAAACUUUGGAUCUGCAUGGAGUACUGUGGAGGUGGCUCCCUGCAGGACAUUUACCAUGUCACAGGGCCGCUGUCUGAACGUCAAAUCGCCUACGUCAGCAGGGAAACUCUCAAGGGUUUGGCCUACCUCCACAGUAAAUGUAAAAUGCACAGAGACAUCAAGGGAGCGAAUAUUUUGUUGACUGAUCAUGGGGAGGUGAAGCUCGCGGAUUUUGGAGUCUCUGCACAGAUAACAGCCACAAUUGCCAAGAGAAUGUCCUUCAUUGGCACGCCGUACUGGAUGGCACCGGAGGUGGCGGCCGUGGAGAGGAAGGGUGGAUACAACCAGCAGUGUGACGUGUGGGCCGUGGGCAUCACUGCCAUCGAGCUGGCCGAGCUGCAGCCGCCCAUGUUUGAUCUCCAUCCGAUGCGGGCACUGUUCCUCAUGUCCAAGAGCAAUUUCCAACCUCCCAGGCUCAAGGACAAGGUGAAGUGGUCAGGAAUUUUCCACAAUUUUAUCAAGCAGUCUCUGAUUAAGAACCCAAAGAAGAGACCAACCGCAGACAAACUCCUGCAGGAUCCAUUUGUGAUUCAACCUCUGAACCGAUCGCUGGCCACUGAGCUGCUGGAUCAGAUGAAGUCACCGGCUCCUCCCAGGAACUUCUACGAUGAUGAGGAACCCGAACCUCCUGCCGCUGUUCCCCAGAGGAUAUCCUCAAUUGCCAAGAAUUCCCGGGCAGAGAAGACUCGCUCUGAGCUGGACUUUGAUCAGUUGAGAUUUCAGCCUCCGAUUCCCAAGAUAACAGCACCGCAGUACAUGGAGGAAAAUCAUCGGGGCUUUUCAGAUCAAUACGCCCCAGCCAGAGGCCAUCAAAGAUUUCAGCAGGGUGCAGAAGAUGAUGAUGAUGGUGGAACGCUGAAGAAAAUCCCCCCUCCUCUUCCACCAAAGCCUUGGUGCAAGAGCCCCAUGGAUGACAACAGCGAGGGCUCGGGCACCAUCAAGCAGCGGCCUGCAGCGCCGUCCCCGGCACGGUCCGACGAGCGCUACCCUCCCGUGCCCCGGCAGAAACCCACGAGCCCGCCUCCGGCGCAGGGCUAUGGCCCAGCCCCGGUGCCGCCUCCGCGCGUCUCCCAAGUUGGGCAGUCGGCCUCGCCCAUGCAGCAAAACCGACCCAAGUACAACGUCCAUACCCCGCCGCUUCCACAAGUCGUGUCGCCCAGCAAGCCCGGACAGCCCUUGCCCGCACCACGCCAGCGAUUCCACAGCCCGCCGCCGCCACCACCCCCACACAACAUGGGCAGGAACGGGCGGCCCACCCCCGCGGUGCGGCGCUCCAAUAGCGCAUCGCCACCUCCGCGGCCACCGCUGCCGGACCUGGUGAGCGGAGCCGGGGGUUCGGCCGGGCGCCGUUGCUCCGCCGAGGUCCUCUCCACCACCGACCACCUGCAGCGGAUCAACAUGGGCCAUCACAACGCGCUGGAUGGAAGUACCGUGGCGGAGAAGCAGGACGUGAGCCGUACUAGCAACUGCGCACCGCUGGACCCUCUGCCAAAGUCGUCGAAUUUGCUUGCCAAUGGACUGCCACCAACACCAAAAGUGCAUAUGGGGGCUUGUUUCUCCAAAGUGUUUAAUGGAUGCCCGCUGAAGAUACAUUGUGCAACAUCCUGGGUUCACCCAGAUACAAGAGACCAGCAUCUGAUAUUUGGUACGGAAGAAGGCAUCUACACGUUGAACCUGAACGAACUGCACGAAGCGACAAUGGAACAGUUGGUUCCACGGAGAUGCACAUGGCUGUACGUGAUGAAUAAUUUUCUAAUUUCUCUCUUGGGGAAGACCUGCCAGCUAUACUCGCACAAUCUGAUGUGGCUGUUCGAUAACACGCGGAAAGAGCAGAGAUUGCCUGGACUGUCGGACAUGCUGCACGCCAGGAGAUACCCUUCAAACAGAAUACCGGAGACCAAGGGAUGCCAGAAAUGCUGUGUUGCCAACAACCUUUACACGGGAAACACGUACCUGUGUGGUGCUCUCACGUCAAGUGUGGUGCUGCUACAGUGGUACGAGCCAAUGCAGAAGUUCAUGCUGGUCAAGCAUUUUCACUUCCCGCUGCCCAACCCGCUGAAGGUGUUUGAGAUGCUCGUGGUACCCGACCAGGAGUUCCCACUCGUGUGCGUGGCCGUGGGGUGUGGCAUCGAUCAGGGCCAAGACCUGCGCUUCGAGACCAUCAACCUCAACUCUGCCUCUUCCUGGUUCACGGAACUCGGCUCUGGCAGUGCCCAGCUGGAAGCUAUCCACCUUAGCCAGCUGGAGAAGGACACAGUGGUGGUUGCCAUAGACAAGAGUGUAAAGAUAGUCAACCUUCAUGGAAAGCUGAAGUCAAACAAAAAACAAGCCUCUGAGCUGCACUUUGACUUCCAGAUCGAUUUCAUAGUGUGUCUGCAGGACAGUGUUCUCGCCUUCUGGAAACACGGCAUGCAGGGCAAGAGCUUCAAAGCCAACGAGGUUACCCAAGAGAUCUCGGACCACACGAGGGUAUUUCGGCUGCUCGGAUCGGAAAGAGUGGUCGUGCUGGAGAGCAGGCCUACAGAUCAUCCGACGGCGCACAGUAACCUCUACACAUUGGCGGGGCACGAGAGCUCCUACUGAGCAAGGCACUCGCGACUCUUCACUGCUUGCCGGGCUGCCUGACACUCCGUGGGGACACCUCUGGAAUGCGCCUCCAGACUUCUGGGCCGGGUUGAAGCCUCCUAUCCUGCCCCUCGAGCCAUUCAUUAUUUCAGUGGCUUUUGUAGAAAUGUGCAGAAGCACCGACUCCCUAAAAAAAUGCUUCCUGUUUUUAAGUAGGUGUGGGAAACUGUUUAAACAAAGGGAAUACUGUAUACAGUAGUAGUAAUUAUAAUAACGAUGUUUUUGUAAUGACGUUGACAUCAUUGAUUGUUUCCUACAUGUAAAACACAGCCAUUUCGUAUAGGUACAAGAGGUUGAUGAUUCUUCGGAUUUCCAUCGGCAAAGGCUCCAGCUGGGGUGUCCAAAUGUUUUACUAUCUUUGGUGCAUCUUGGUUUUAAAACAUAUAUCUGCUUGGAGAUGAUGUUUGGGUCAACGUGACCGUUUCUGUCAUUCAUGGACACACAAUCUCAAAGAUGUGAGGUUUGAUUUUCAUUGUACCCUGCAGAGAUUUCUAAUACCGGUACAGAAUCAUGUGUGCGCUGUGUCCCAUCUGAGCCUACAGAGUCGGCUGCAUUUCUUUUCACACCUUGUGGAAAAUGUUUGCGAUGUAUUCCGCUUUACAAUAUGUGCCACGCUCGAGUUUUAAAGCUCCAUUUUUAUACGUGGACGCAAACUAUUCAACUGCCGAGUGAUUUCCGUGGUAAGGCACGUUUAAUUAACGCAUGACACUAAAACAUUCCACUGACAAGUGGUCUCUGUAAUCGGACAUGAAUUCCCAGCAUUUUGACUGAAACUGUUAAGGGCUUUAAGUGUUUCCUACCACACCAAAGCCGUCGCACUCCCGUGUUUGAGUUACACCGCUGCCUCAAUUUUGGUGAACUUGUGCACUCUACUCUGGCAAGGAGCUUUGCUUCUUAAAAGGUUCAUCUCGUUGAAACGUAGCGGCGUUCUGUGUUCAUAGAAUUUAGAUAAGUUAAAGAUGAAAACGAGAAUGUAAUAUCUGAUAUUUUUAGACACAUUUAGCCUACAUAUGUAAAAAAGUAACGCUUAAAAUGUUUAUACUAACCGCAAUUCAAAUGUGUUUGUUUCCUUUAAAGCUUGGUCUCCCACGUAAGGACUCUACCGGUUAUUUAAUCAAUCUGGAUGUUCCGCUACGACCUUGGCACUUUACAAAUGUAAGCCCAGCCCCAUUAAAUGCGUCCUUGAGCUGUGUUUUUUUUAGACUCCCUCUCCAUAGUUAUGAUUCAAGCCGUUAAUGCGCGCCGUUGGCAUUGAUGUGCAAAUUUUCUACGGGGGCGGAUGUCGUUCUUUGCACUGCAAUUGCCGUCGGCGAAUUAUUUGGGCGGAACCACCUGUCACAGGUGCCACCUCUGCCGAGGGCUUUCAUUCUAAAACCCCGGUAAGAAGUUGCAAUUGAAAACCUAUUUUAUCGUAUGCGCACUUAAGCGUUUCAAUCUUGUGCCUUUAGAUUGGCGAAAGCUAAGCGAUGUUUUUUUUUUGAAAUCGUGAAACCCUUUCUGCACGAAGAUGUAAAGAUACCUACGUCCGUACACUCCCAGUUACAAGUGGUACAAUUUGUAGAAGGUGUGAGUGUGCGUAGGUGCGCGUCCACCUACACACCCUGGGCCUUCUGGUGGCCUGUUGGUGCACAGACAGACGUGGGUGUGAUGCCGUGACGCUGAGCUACCCCAUGCCGUUUUAAAGUCUCCGUUUCAAGUUUGCCGACUUGCUGUGAGCAGUGAAACAACGCACAUCACUUGUCAAAUCUGUGCCCUCUAUUUGAUUGCUGCCCAUUGUCCAGAAAUGAAACCCGCUACUCUGUCCGUAGAUACUUUGAAACGGCGUGCAGGGGAAUAAAAACACGUGGCUUGAAUAAACAGGUUGUGCCAGGCUCGGUUAAAAUUGAUCGGCGAGCAACACGUUUUCAGUUCGAUUGUUUAAUUUGAGAACCUCAUUGAAAAUGACCGGUGAUGGUUGAAGUCGAUUUGUAUUUCUUACUCAACGCGCAAACGGAUUGCUAUUCACUGUGGAAAGGUUUGAUUGAUGUGCCACUGCUUUUUUUAACGAAGUCUACUUAUAGCUUGGACAAAUCUGAAUAAACUGGUAACCUGGGGUUUAGCGACGCAUUGCUUUUUGGGUCAUUUAAAUUAAAGUGCAAAUUAUGUUGUGGGAAAACACUUUGAUACAUUUGUAAGUGGACUCGGUUCUUCUAACUGAUACUGUGGCCAUGCCAUCGUCAAUGUGUAUUGAUCAUUGUCAUUGAUGGCACCACAGAAUGUAAUAUUUAAACCUCUGACUCUGACCUCCGACCUUUAACCAUUUUCACGGGAAAGAGGCCUCCUGCUCGUGCCUUUUUGUUGAUGGGUGCAGUCAGAAUUCGGCGACUCGUGCCCCACAACUCAUGUCCCGAAGUGCUGACUUAAGGAGAUCAUCAGCAGCUGUGCAUUUGCCUUGGGCAUAACCCCAUAUUUAAAUGAGCUGCAUCAGUGUCAUAAACCAGUGUUAAAACAGAACAACACCAAACUAGACGGCAUACGCACGCCUUAAUUUGUUCCCAAUUUGGGAGUCUACGUGAGAUAUAAACCAGAGCUUCGUGAGAGUUUGUAUUAUUUAUGAAUGUGCCCGUGUGUAGUGUGCUAUUUGUGCAUCAUUUGGCUUGUGCUUUGAAAUGCGCGUAGUUGGACAACCCGAUUCGGAUGUGGGUCUCUCAGAGAACUGUGCAGGAGUGUAGCGCCUUCCAUCGCUGCACUUCAGGUGCGAUGCAUGUCUUAAGAUUCCCACGUGAAAAGCGCAAUGUAAUGUUUCGUGUGUACGUCUCAACGUAGUUUCGGAACUGUAAAUACUACGUGCUUUCAACUGCGUAUAUUUUUAUCUUUUUUUUGCUAAAGGAGAGUAAUAACAAUAGAAAGUAAAUUUUAGAUAUUUAGUUAUGUUUGCCAACUUUUCUACACUAAUGUGUGUAAUGUUAUGCUUGACGUUUAUUGUGUCCGUGCAAUGGUGGGGUGCUUUGAAUUGUGGCCGUUUAACAUGCGUUGUAUAUUAAACUUGGUGUUACGUUUAAGAUUCCCAUGAUGUGUUACUUACGAGCAUUUGCCCAGACUGAUUUUACUGAGCGAAACGGCUGCAGCUCUCCUACGCUUUUGUUCAUUUUUAUUCGUCUGUAAAUCGUUAUCUUUGUCAUUAUUCUGCUGUCCUAUUAAGGCGAUAUACUGUGACUCGUGUAACACUUUACACCGCCUUUUAUAACAAUAUAUACAUGCGGUGUCAGGGACCAUUCGAGACAACGGCUGUUAAAUGUCUAUCUCUGCUUCCUGGCAAGAGAGCUUCUACUGCAUUGCGUUCGGCUGUCUUUCUGCACUGCUUCAAUAGCAAGCUUCACUUGUAUCUUACGGGUGGGUGGGACUAAUAUCAGUUCUUUAAACUCAAGAAACGUGCAUCGAAUCGCGUGUGUAAGAUUAAAUGUUCCUUGGUUUGUAUAUACGUUGUACGUAACGGGGGUCACGUGACAUACAGCCGCUACAUUGACCGUGAUGUAAAAAAAAACACCCGGUUAUUGAAUCAAAUCGCGACUCGAAAUCGUGAGAAUUGAUUGAAUCGGCAGGGCCGCUAGGGUGCUAGUGGAUUUGUUAAAUGGUCUCAUCACAAUGCCUUCAGCUUUUACUCUUGAGCAGUUUUUAAAGGUAUCAAUUUUGUUUUAUCAUGUAUGUUCACUUCACGUGUUUCCCAAUAUCACACGGCUACUUGCUCCCACAAAGCAACUUGUAAAGCACGUAUCGAUUUUUUUAAAUGAAAUAAGAGGUUUGUUUUGCCCAAGGAUUUGAAAAAAAACCCUGCCUUUUGUAUUCCUAUAGAGGUAUAAAACCUUGCGUCUCUUAAAUAAAUGAUGCUAACUUUUGUAUGUGUAUAUAAUGGUAUGAAUAAAGAAUUACAAAUUGC